AUGGCAUCUCAAACAUCAAUCAUUGAGUCUUUUAGUCACGACUUUCUUUCGAGUCACUCAUCAUCUUCAUACGUUCGUGUUGGCCGGCAAGAUUACCCCGUUACACUGGAGAGGGGUUGCUCGACGUCGGUGGACUUCAUGCCUUCUUCUCCCAGACAGCGUGUUCUGCGAUCACUCAUGGUCCUUUGGCAUCCCCCCGAUGCCCCAUGGGUGAAGCUGAAUACAGAUGGUGCCUUCUCAUCAGCAACUUUGGAGGCGGGAGAGGGAGGAUUGGUUCGUGGUACUGAUGGAGGACUUCUACGGGCCUUCUGUUCUCCGUUGGAUGCAUCUUCGAGCUUUAAGGCGGAGCUUAUGGCUCUCAUUCGAGGUUUGGAGAUGGCCAUGGAGUUUUCUACACACAUUUGGAUAGAACUUGAUUCAGCGGCUCUGGUUACUUUACUCACAUCUGGACAGCCUGGUUCUGCCGUUUUUAGACAUCAUAUGGCUUUGAUCCGGAGGAUGAAAUCUCAACGGCAGGUUCGAUUCUCACACAUCUACAGAGAAGGAAACCGUGCUGCCGACUUUCUUGCAAGUAGGGGGGUUCAGACUCCUACUAUGACAUAUUAUGAUUCUGUCUCUGCGCCUCGAUACCUGAAGGCGCUUGUUAGGAUGGACCAGCUGGGAUAUCCUAACUUCCGUUUCCGAUGCAGAGAUGUGGACUGA